UCUCGCCCGGAGGAAAGGCCCGGAAGCGCCCUCGAGUCGGGCCUGGCGAGACCCGGGCGGCGCCGCACCGGAGCGGAGCGACAUGGCCGAGACCGACCCCAAAACCGUGCAGGACCUGACCGCGGUGGUGCAGACUCUGCUGCAACAAAUGCAGGACAAGUUUCAGACCAUGUCCGACCAGAUAAUUGGCAGGAUUGAUGAUAUGAGCUGUCGUAUCGACGACCUGGAGAAGAACAUUGCGGACCUCAUGACCCAAGCAGGGGUGGAGGAGCUGGAAGGUGAAAACAAGGCGGCGGCUACCAAGACUUCAACUUGCCAAUAAUCUAUGAUGUGAGCAGGAAAGGAACAUUUUUUUCAAGCCUGCGGGAAUUUCAAGAUUCCAAUUGUGAUUUUUUUUUCAACUCCUGGUGUGUAAAAGCAUUUUUUCUACAGAUGUAGAACUCACAUUCUUAAUGUACCUUGUAUAGCUAGAUUUGGAACAAUUUCUAUUCUGAUUCCUUGUGUAGGGUGAGUCACACACUUUUUCAAAUUAUUGCAUUCUAUAGAAUUAAUAAAACAGUUUGAUGGAGUUCAAGUUACAAAUACUUACACUAUGAUGGAUGUUUGUGAAGUUGCACUUUUUUAAAAAAGAAAAAAUUCUUUAAUGUCUUUCCUUUUUGUAAUACUUUUCACUGGGCUGACUAAACGCCUUUGUACUUUCUGUCAGCCUGAACGACACUUGCCAUCUAUUCUCAAGGCACUGUUAGGGUGUUGAGCACAAGAACAGUAACGUGUUCCGAAAUCAGUUAUCAUACCACUGUGUUUCUCUGUUAGUGAUAGAGAAAAUGCAACAGGAAUUCUGCUCAGGGGAAUUUAGCAUGUGCGUGGCAUAACUAUUCUUUUUUAGUCUUGUAUCUUCAAUCCAGGCACUUUGUGAUACCAGCUAGUGAUUUCGGACAGAUGAUAUAUUAGAGCCAUAUUUCACUAGAUUAACAGCCAACACUGCCUGGGAAAUUAGUGCAGUUAGGAGAUAUUCCUUAAGAAAGCUAGCUUAUUCCCAUGCAUGGAGAUUGCCUUCCUGGGGUGCUUAUCCUGAAACACACACCUUAUUUCGAGGGGGUUAACUAGAAGCAGAGUUCAGUGGUUGGCUUUGGGUAGAUGGUUUGCUUUCUGUUUCUUGUUCUGCAAGCAUGCCUUUACAUUUUGGCAGCGCAAACUUCUGUUUUAACACUAAGUUGCAUUUGGGCCACUAUUGCUAGUUCAUAAAAUAGCCACGUGCCUCUUUAGCCCUACAAGUAGGUACCUGUGUCAAGCUUGGCAGCUGUUGAUCAAGGUGAUGCCAACACACGCAAAACGAGCCUUUAAACGCUGAGAUCCGUGAGUAUUAGGAUGACGGAAACCCUCACAUGGGAACACCACAGAAGCUUGUAGCACAAAUGCCACACUUGGGAAGCACAAUAGGAGCUGGGCAUGCUUGUUUCAUAGUGGGCCGAAGAAGCAAGGAGAGGGAGACAUAGGUCCCUGGAAUCACACAAUGGGAUGGAAGUGUGACUAGCUUGGGAUUUUAUAGACUUGUGUUUGGUCUGAAAGUUAGGCAAGGUAACUUGGUCCCAGUAGAAGGAGCACCUUCCUAACCGGUUGGUCUCUCAAAGCAUCGCUUCUGAAGCUUCCAGUGCAGUUGUGUUAAGAAGGGAGGCGGUAGGAGAUGUGCUCUGUGCUCCCACAUCCGUCCCCACCACUGCGUAGACCUUCUAGUCCUGUUGUUUGCAUUGUCUAAUAAAAAUGCUGGAAUGGC